CCAUUCAUACGGUCUUUAUCAAAGUGGCAUUCAAUGAAACACCCCCACAUGACUAAAAUGGACUCCUGGGGGGUAAUAUUGUAUACGUAGGGAGGGUGUGCAGGAACAAAUGUACAAGUGACCUAGGCUUUUCAUUCAAGCCGUCUCCAUGAACAACUUGAAUGACCCCCCCAGAUGGAACAUCCAACCAGACCCCAGAGGAAGGGGGGCGGGGGCCGGUGAUGGGAACCAAUGGAACUACGCCCUGCUGGUCCCCAUGCUGGGACUAGCUGCGUUUCGUUGGAUCUGGAGCAGGGAGUCUCAGAGGGAGAUCCAGAAGGUUAAAGACCAGUAUAACAAGGACGUCUCCACACUAACAAGCAAGAUGGAAGCACAAUAUCAGGACACACUGACGGAGAGGCGCAGGGCAGCGGCUACACUAGAGCUGGAGCUAGAAAAGGAGAGACAAAGGGUCAAAGGUUACAAGCAGGCCAUGAUCUCACAGAGCCAGCAGCUGAUGGAAGAACGGAAACAUUUAUCUCAGGAGCGCCAGUCCUUGGAGGAAGACAAGCAAAGGCAGGUUAAGUCUGGCGCUGCAGGGGCAGUGCUGCAUCACGCCCUGGAACGAGAGAGCGACUGGCACCGAAGAGCCACCACAACUCUGAGGGAGCUGGAGGGUCAGCUCGUGGAUCGCCAGAAUGCCUACUGUUCCCUCAUCCAACCUCGAGAUCAGCGGUUGGAGAUGGAGAAGAACAUGCUGCUUAAGGUAGUCAAAGACCCCAUCGGAGCGGAACUGGAUCUUGAGUCCGAUCUGAAGGACAUUUUUAAGAGAGAUAAAACCUGUGCAGACUUGCUCAAUAUGGACAAGAGGAAGAAUGGAAGCCUCAUGUGGGUGUACCUCAGGUACUGGCAGCUGCAGGUCACUGUCCAGAAACACAAGAGAGCCGAAGAAGCGAUAUUAGGGGGAAAAUUCUAGUCUCAAACAUCGUGACGUGAUUGGGAUGUUGUGGAACAUACAGAAGGUAAACCCUAAUGAGACAAUGUCCAGCAGCUAAAACGUUCCUCCUUUCAUCUUACUGUUUAGAAAAUGAGGGAUAUUAAGUUAGGAUUUGAGCAUGUAGAAAUAUUGCUAUUACUUUAGAAGCCCUAGUUAGUUAAAACUUGAGUUUAUAAUAUUGAGAUAUUAGCAAGAUCAAGCCCAAUUUUAAAUGUUAUACAACCAAAAAACACAGCCCAGUUUUCUUCAAAAAUUGCUAACUGCACAAUCUCAGCAACAAAGUUGCCAAGUCAGCAACACUAACAAUCUGUUCCUUCAGCCCACCAAAAACAUUCCCUCAAAAAUGUCCAAAUGAACACAAACAACAGACAUGUAAAUAUUUACUGUUCCAAACAGGAAGUCUUGUAGCUUGUGGUAGACUCUGGUGACGAUCAAUCAAUUAUUGCUCUGGCAGAAUGCACGCAGACAGGCCGGCCGCAGCCCACCACAAAUACAACAUUUUCAUUUCAUUUUUAAUUUUGGCAGUGCAUUUAAUGCAUUGAUUGCAGUCUGAAUUUAGUCAGGAUUUCAACAAAAAUAUCCCAAAUCUUCCUGAAGAAGAUUACCAACCCCGCGUAGGACUAUUAGCUUUAAAUCAACUUUAUGCAAAUGUAUGAAAAUGGAAAUACACUGGAAUUAUUCAGUUGAUAUUCAUAUUGGAUGCACAACUGAUGUUAAAUAAUGUUUUACCAUUGAAUCCCUUGGACAUUUUUGUUGGAACAUGUCUAUAACUAAUUUUCUCUGAGUGCCAUUAAUAACGGCUGGGUGCGUGUUUGUGUUUGUCUGCAAAAUGCAUGUUAUUGCAUUUCAAGUUUCUUCAGGGAGAAAAAUGAAAACUACAGUGUUGGACAUACAAGCCAGGAGUCAUUAACACAAAUAUUUUUAUGUAAAAACUACUUUGGUUUAACAUACAUUGUGCUCUUUCUCUGUGGUGUGUUGAUACUAUUCGUUAAUACGUCGAUGGAGUAUUGGUGGUAUUCAUCUUCAUCUGAGGGGCAUCCAGGUGUAUCACAUCUCUCGUCUCACUCUAAAGUGUGUUACCAUUUAUGAUGCGUGAUCCAAAGCCACUAGGGCGCGAGUCUUUGACCAUUGGUUUUAAAUAUAUCUAGUCUCUAAUGCAGCUGUGUGGGAGCUUUAUAAGGAGGACUGGACACUUAAGGUGCAUGCAAAUCUAAAUAAGGGAAUGAAGCACAAAGUAGUGCUAAGUACUGCAACGCUUCCACAAUACUGCUUUAUAAAAUAGUGUAAUAGAGCCCUUUUACUUCACACUCCACCACUCUAUUGAAAGGAUAAACCAAGCUGUAGCAUCUCAGUUUUUAAUUUGGAACGUAACUUGGUGAUUAAAUGUUGGAUGUGAUCUCACGGAUUAAAAUGUACUGACUCUAAUCCCUCUGGGAAAUCCUCAUAAUAAAGCCCCGGUUUAAGUACUUCAUUUUGUGUUCUUGAUUUCUUUCAAGAAUCUCAUGAAAGAGCCUCUUUCAUGAGGCUUUGUUAGUUAUGGAAACACCCGACAACGACGAACUUGGUGUACAGUCACAGUGAAGAAUUAUUGUCAGACUUUGUUCGUAUCUCCGUCUUCAGUAUAUACCGGAGCAUUUUUGUAGACCUAUGGGUUCAUCAAUUCAGCAAGAGAAAGAAGAUUGGUGCCUCGCUGCUCUUUGUUUGUCGACCCCUUUAAGCCAGUCCCAUUUUUGACCACACAUUACAUACAGCGUGUGUUUUCCUUUAGCUGUCAGAGGCAACAUACUGCAUUGACACCAAUGAGCAUUAUGAGGUCAUCAAGUGCAACUUGACAGCAAACAAGGCGGUGCAGCAGCACUUUAAGUCCUACUAUAUGUCACAAGGUACUGUUGAUUUCCUGCCCUCAAAAUACAGAAUGUGUUUAUCAUAAAAACAUAAUGAGGACACAUGCUCUGUUUUCUCUGACCUCUUUAAUCCUGAUGCUUGUCACAGCAUACCGAGCCCUUUGGCCAUAUACUUAAUACUUAACACGGUUCACGUGAAAAU